GGUGCCAUACUAGGCAGAUCAGAGACGCAGGAGUGCAUCUUCUACAAUGCUAAUUGGGAAAAUGAUAAGACAAAUCGUAGUGGCAUUGAACUAUGCUAUGGUGACAAAGAUAAAAGAAAACACUGCUUUGCAACAUGGAAGAAUAUUUCUGGAUCUAUUGAAAUUGUGAAAAAGGGUUGCUGGUUGGAUGAUAUUAAUUGUUAUGACAGGACUGACUGUAUAGAAAAGAAAGAUAGCCCUGAAGUGUUUUUCUGCUGCUGUGAGGGCAACAUGUGCAAUGAACAUUUUUUCUACUUUCCAGAGAUGGAGGUCACACAACCUACUUCCAAUCCUGUGACAACUAAACCACCUCUGUUUAGUACCUUGCUUUACUCUCUUGGACCUAUAAUGGGAAUAGCAGUGAUUGUACUCUUUUCAUUUUGGAUGUACAGACACCACAAAUUAGCAUAUCCUCCAGUACUUGUACCAACCCAGGACCCUGGACCACCACCUCCAUCACCACUGAUGGGCCUAAAGCCAUUGCAAUUACUAGAGAUCAGAGCUAGAGGAAGGUUUGGCUGUGUCUGGAAAGCUCAGUUGUUAAAUGAAUAUGUUGCUGUGAAAAUAUUCCCAGUGCAGGAUAAAGAAUCAUGGCAAAAUGAAUAUGAAAUAUACAGCUUGCCAGGAAUGAAGCAUGAAAAUAUACUACAGUUCAUUGGUGCUGAGAAACGAGGCACUAGUAUUGAUGUUGAUUUGUGGCUAAUAACAGCGUUUCAUGAAAAGGGUUCACUUACUGACUUCCUGAAGGCUAAUAUAGUUUCAUGGAAUGAACUCUGUCAUAUAGCUGAAACUAUGGCAAGAGGUUUGGCCUAUCUCCAUGAAGACAUUCCUGGUCUAAAAGAAGGGCAUAAACCAGCUAUAUCCCACAGGGACAUCAAGAGCAAGAAUGUGUUAUUGAAAAAUAAUCUUACGGCAUGUAUCGCAGAUUUUGGACUUGCUUUAAAAUUUGAGGCUGGAAAGUCAGCUGGUGAUACCCAUGGUCAGGUUGGUACCCGAAGAUACAUGGCUCCUGAAGUGUUAGAAGGUGCUAUAAACUUCCAGCGGGAUGCAUUUUUGAGGAUAGACAUGUAUGCGAUGGGAUUAGUUCUGUGGGAAUUGGCAUCACGAUGUACGGCAUCAGAUGGACCCGUGGAUGAGUAUAUGUUACCUUUUGAGGAAGAAGUGGGUCAGCAUCCUUCUCUUGAAGAUAUGCAGGAGGUUGUAGUACAUAAAAAGAAGAGGCCUGUUCUGAGAGAGUGUUGGCAGAAACAUGCUGGAAUGGCAAUGCUCUGUGAAACAAUAGAAGAGUGUUGGGAUCAUGAUGCAGAAGCUCGAUUAUCAGCAGGUUGUGUAGAGGAAAGGAUUAUCCAAAUGCAAAGACUAACAAACAUUAUAACAACAGAAGACAUUGUGACUGUGGUCACCAUGGUGACAAAUGUGGAUUUUCCUCCCAAAGAAUCCAGUCUAUGAUAGUAGCAGGGUCACACUUCUUGACCAAUAAGACUCAGCACUGAGACUGCCAAGUCAAACUGGCCUGUUUCUGGCCAGUAAUUUUCAGCAUGGAAUAAUGGUAAGUCUGUCUCUGAAGUGUCAAUAGGAAGAUUCCUCUUUGUUCUUCUCCAGACGUGGAUCCAGAAGACUUACUGCAUAUGCCGGAGAAAAUGGCAAGAUAAUGUUAAAAGUAUCUGAAGAACAUGGACCUAUCUCGGCUUGUCAGACAUUUUAAAAACUGACAUUGUAUUUCUUAACAUGUCAGACUAAUUCCUUAAAAUGAACUACUGCUAUUUUUUUUAAAUCAGACAUUUCAUUUCAGAUUUAAGAAAAAGGGUAACUUGUUUUUAUUGCAUUUGCUGUUGUGUUUAUAUAAAUGACUAUUGUAAUGCCAAUAUGACACAGCUUGUGAAUGUUUAGUGUGCUGCUGUUCUAUGUAAUCAAAGUGGGAUCUAGCAAAAAGGCUUCCAAGCAUUACUUAACCUCCCUCAACAAGGUAUACCUCAGUUCCACCUAUGCUAAAUUGAAUUGACAACACUAAUAAAAUUGAAAUAAUAAAUUGAUCCAGAUUUUGUAAAUGAUGCAUUAAAAGAUUCAUGGUGUAUUUUUAAAGGUUAUAAGCUGUGCUUCAUGCCAACAGUCCAUGGCCAUUCCUAAAUGGUGUAUUAGUCUUUCCUUGUUCUAGCUUAUGUAUAAAAAAUGUAUUGCCUUUUCAACGACGACUUCCCCAAUUAGUUAAAAGCUUUAUCUCCAGUUCCCAAAAUGGUGUAUACGUUUAUUUUACUAAAUAUUUAGGUUUGCUGUGUCUGAUGGGAAUUUGAAAAUUUAAGCAUGAUUUUUUUAAUUAUUAUUUUAUUGAGCUCUGGCACUGGAAAGCUCUUAACUUUAAUUCUUUCAAAGAAGCUUUUGCUGUUUCAUGUAUAUUUUGUCUAGUGUUAUUUUCUAUUUUACUAAACAGGACACAGUGGGUUGAUCCAGACAGAGACACAUGCAACAAGAUGGUGGAAGCUACCCUUCCUUCCAUUCCCCUUCCCAGCAACCAGGCCCCUGCCCCAUCAAAAGGGGUACAGAAGCUCCUCUAGCUAUUGGGGGCUGCUGUGGGAGGAAGGUGGCAGGAGGAAUGUUUCCAACCACCCAGUGCAUGGGUCUAGCCCUGGACAUAACUCUAUUUCCACUGUGUUGUUGUUUCAGGAUCACCUCAGGAAGCUUCAUGACCUUGAACUCCACACACUUUUAUAUGUGUUGCCUUUUGUAGUUUCACAUCACUUGAUUUUUUUUGGUGCCGGCUUGUCAGAGGAACAUUGAUAAGUGAUACAUAGGUUUAACUUGUGGUCACUAAAAAAUUAAAAAUACAGACUCUUAAAAAAAAAAACCUUUACCAUCAAAUAUGCAAUUAUUUCAAUGGAAAUGAUAAUGUAGCAUAGUCUAGCAAAAAAAAACCCCUACAACUUUAAACUACUGUACUGAAUUAAAGGAGUUAUAGGGAUUGAUGAUGUUGAGCCUAUCCAUUAAGAAGACUCUAGCAAAAGGGGCCGAAAGUAGACAGGUGCCAAAGUACUUGUAAAAGGCAGUAAUUAUUUGAUUAGUUAUAUGUAUACAAGCCAAAGCGAAGUCUCAAAAUGAAAGUACUGAACCAACAGUAGCCAGUAUUAUCAGAUUCUAGGCAGUUUUAUAUUUAAAUAAUACAUUAGAUUUAUAAAGGAAAAGGUGGUCAUAGUUAAAUGUUCACCAUGAAUAUUCUCUUGUAAAGAUGUAUGAAAUCACAGUGAGGUUUUUUUUAAUUUUGUACUGGUCUCCAAAAAUGUAGAGGAAAUAGUUAUAAACAAGAUUUUGGACAUCCAGUUCUAAACAGAGACGAGUAUUAGAGGAUUUCUCCUCUGCAAACUGGCAUAUUCCGUAGAGAUAUGUUUUGUCUCAUAGUUACCAAAUCUGAUGCCAUAAUUUGAUUAUGGAUGUUGCUGGGCAUAACUUGCUACUUUUGUUAACAAACGCAACAAUUGUUCUUCAGAUGUAUUUUUGAAUAAAAGAAGAUGAUUUGCUUGAUUCUACUUUUAGGAGUUGAUUCGCAACAGCAUCAUCUAAAAUAGUAUGAAUGAUUGGCACAUACGGUUUUUCCUCAAAAUGAAAAUAUUCAUAUUAAGAAAAUGUAAUUUAUCAGUCUUCAUCUUAAAAAAGCACAUGCCUACAAACAUCAUUUCUGGUUGCAAAUCUCCCACCACAGCUUCAUAGAGCAGGGUUUUUUUUUAAAAAAAAUAAUCAAAUAGACUUUCACCAAUAUGACUCAAGCCAAGUAAGACCUUUUCACGUAUGUUUUUUGCAAAUGCAUUUGGAAUUGCAGGUCAUAGAGGGGAAAUAUCAAAACUGACAAUCAAGCAGAACAAUGUCUACAUGAGAAGAGUUUUUAAAAAAGUAUUUCCCAAAACUUCCCUUCUUUGCUUCCCCCUAACUAGUCUUUGCUUUUCGAGAUGCCUCUUAUCCGAAAACACUUUUUUUGGGUAGACUCUGUCAAAUUAUUAAAACCCACCAAACUGCCAAAAAA